AUGGCCUUCGGCCGUCAUUUCCGGGCAGUGAUACUUCUGGGGCCUGGAUUCGCCGCUGAGCUGGACUGCUGGACCGAUGGCAUCACUCGUGGUCAGUGCUGCAAUGCCAUCUUCGGCCCAGGGGGGAACUCCCAUUGCUGGGAUGGAGCGAGCUUCACGUUUGACAGCUGCUGUGGGGAGUUUUACGAGCCACGGGACUGCACUGCUUUCGUCACCCACUUCAGCUUCAGCGUCGUCGGCAACUUUGGAUGGUCACAGCCCGCAAGCGCCGGCGAGGCCUGGGCUCGAUGCGCUCGCGCAAUGGACCUGGAGGCAGA